AACGUCACCUUUCCCGUUCCUUGUCGAAAUCUCUCCCGCAUGGCGACAAAGAGCUUACCGCAACACCCUGGUGUGACCACGGCCCUCAUCAACAAUCUACCCACGGAAAUCCUGGAUGAAAUAUUCACGCUCUAUUAUAGAUCGAAAAUCUUCUCCCCUCUCACACUCAAACUUGUUUGCCAACAAUGGUGUCAGAUUGUCGACCGCAUGUCUAUCGUGUACAGCGACAUUCUGCUGGCUCCUGACCUUGGACAACUCCCGUUCGAGCUGACGGUGAUAGGGUGCCGGACCUGCUUUCGUGAAGCAGAUGUAUACGAUACAGAGCUCGACAAAGAUUUAAUUGACUUACGAUGCAGGUCACUCAACGUAUACUGCCCAGUUGUUCUCGCGGCCCCUCUUAUAAAAUCCAUCAACAAUGCUCCAAACCUCGAAUCUUUCAAGGCGGGUGCAUCUUCUCAAGAUUGGGAUCGUGACGACGAUGAAAUGCACAUAGCUAUCAAUCAUGUACUACUCAAGAAGCCACGACUACUCAGGAAGCUAGGGUUGUUUCACGUUAACGAGUUCGAGCUUGAUGAAAGCAAACGAGAGGUGUUACGGUGUCUCGAUAGCUGCAUGCUCCGUGGCACCUCAUUAUUCUCUGACCAACCUGUCAAGGAUCUGGUUUCAGGCCUUGAAAAUGUAACCAAGAUCCAGUGGAAACUACGGGCCAACCCACCCCCACCAAUUGACCACGCUCAAGCUGGUGGGACUAUUGGGAGACGCAAACGGUUAUCCCUUCGAGAUACCUUCUCUACGGCGUUUACUACCUCUAUAUUCGCGGAUCCUCUCCACCUGAUAGACUGGGAGGGCUUGGAUCAAGAGAUUGCAAUG